AAUGGCACCAUAAAUAUAUGUGGCCAGAGAAAUUCAAGUACUAACAAUAAGUCGCUAAUAAGCUCCAAUAUGGCAACCGCCUCCACCACCAUGCCGACCACCGCACUGACCAUGAAGUUGCUCAUCGAUUCCAGCCCGCAGCGCCAGCGCGUUGUGUUCGCAGAGGCCGGUAAGGACACGAUCGACUUCCUCUUCUCCCUCCUGGCCAUACCGGCCGGCACAGCCGUGAAGCUGCUGGGGAAGGAUCAGUCCAUGGUUGGCUGUAUGGAGAACCUCUACAGCAGCGCUGAGAAGCUCGACGACCCCUACGUCCAGCCCAAUGUGGCCAAGGACGCGAUCCUCUGCACCACCAUGGCGUUCCCUGCAGCGGCAAGACCCAACAGCUUUCUCUUCCGCUUGCCGGAGCCGGUAUCCGCCCCAAAGAAGUUCUACAACUGCACCACCGGCUGGUACGAGUGCCGCAGAAAAGUAACGGAUGUGUACGGCACUCCUUGCCCGAAUUGUAGGUCCGGGAUGGUUACUGAAGCCAACCUUUUGUCGCCGGUGGCCCAAGGAGAAGCGAAGAAAGGGUUCGUGCAGGGCGGUAUGGUGACGUACAUGGUGACGGAUGACCUCGUGAUCUCGCCCAUGUCGAACGUCUCCACUAUCGCACUGCUCAACGCAUGCGCGGUGAGGGAUCUCGGGACCCUGCAGGACAGGACCGUGCAGAUUGGCUACAAGGAGGGUUUAGAGAUUCUCAAGGCCUCGGUGCAGUCCAAGACCGUGCUUACUGAUGUUUUCAUUGGCAAGAAGCCGCCUUCGUUGGGAAAUGGAGGCGCCUCUGCUACGUUGAGCAACGGCAGAAGGCGUGAAUCGCUCACCUGGCGUGCGUGAUCCAGCUAACCUUGAAGCGUGCAUGUUUUUUCAGGAACUACUUAUAUAUAUAUAUAUAUAUAUAUAUAUAUAUAUAUAUAUAA